CCAGCGAGGCGGGCCCGGAUGCUCGGCCUUAACCCUUCAGCUUCCCGCGGCUUCCUCCCUCCGCUCCCUUCCCCCACCGCCGAGCGAGAGGGCCGAGGAAGCGGCGGAGCCGCCUGGCACCCUGUUGUGGUGCCCGGCGUAGGUGGCGACAAGGGCAGCGGCAGCAGCGCCGGCGGCAGCAGCAGCGGAGAGAGCUGGGCGCUCCUCCCCUUCCCCAGCCCGGCGUCGGCGGCAGCAGAGGAGGAGGAGGAGGAGGGCGCAGAGAGAGCGCAGACAUGGCGGCCAACAUGUACCGAGUGGGAGAUUAUGUUUAUUUUGAAAACUCUUCAAGCAAUCCAUAUCUGAUCAGGCGAAUAGAAGAACUUAAUAAGACUGCCAAUGGCAACGUUGAAGCAAAAGUGGUGUGCUUUUACAGACGCCGUGACAUCUCGAAUAGCCUCAUCAUGCUUGCAGACAAGCAUGCAAAAGAAGUUGAAGAAGAAUGUGAAAUUCCCAAAGAAGUAGAUUUGACUGAUAAACAGAAACAUCAACUGAAACACAGAGAGCUGUUUCUGUCUCGCCAAUAUGAGUCUCUUCCUGCAACACACAUCAGGGGGAAAUGCAGUGUUGCACUUCUGAAUGAGACAGAGUCUGUAUUGUCGUAUCUCAUUAAAGAGGAUACUUUCUUCUAUUCACUGGUAUACGAUCCAUCGCUGAAAACACUUUUAGCGGACAAAGGAGAAAUCAGAGUAGGUCCCAGAUAUCAAGCAGAUGUUCCAGAUAUGCUUGCAGAAGGAGAAACAGAUGACCGGGAACAGGCAAAGCUUGAAGUAAAAGUAUGGGAUCCAGACAGCCAUCUCACUGAUCAUCAGAUCGACCAGUUUUUAGUAGUAGCCCGUGCGGUCGGUACGUUUGCCCGAGCUCUGGACUGCAGUAGUUCUGUAAGACAACCUAGUUUACACAUGAGCGCUGCUGCUGCUUCCCGUGACAUCACUCUGUUUCAUGCCAUGGAUACAUUGCAUAAGCAUAACUAUGACCUGAGCAGUGCUAUUAGUGUCCUGGUUCCACUUGGAGGGCCUGUCCUUUGCAGAGAUGAAAUGGAAGAAUGGUCUGCUUCAGAGGCUAGUUUGUUUGAAGAAGCCCUAGAGAAAUAUGGCAAAGACUUCAACGACAUACGACAAGACUUUCUUCCUUGGAAGUCUCUGACUAGCAUCAUUGAAUAUUAUUAUAUGUGGAAAACUACAGACAGAUACAUCCAGCAGAAACGCCUAAAAGCUGCUGAAGCAGAAAGCAAAUUGAAACAAGUUUACAUACCAACCUACAACAAACCAAAUCCCAGUCAGAUAUCCAGCAGUAACGGGAAACCAAGUGCCGUGAAUGGAGCGGUUGGAGCACCUCACCAGGCCCAGAAUGCACUAAUAGGCCGUGCUUGUGAAAGCUGCUACGUCACACAGUCUCAUCAGUGGUAUUCUUGGGGUCCACCCAACAUGCAGUGCAGGUUAUGUGCACCGUGUUGGAUUUAUUGGAAGAAAUAUGGUGGCCUGAAAAUGCCAACACUAACAAAUGAAGACAGAUUUUCUCCUACUCAAACCACAGAGGAAGCAUGUGUUAGAACACACAUGUCUCGACAAGCAACGCAGGGAAUACCAGUCCGGAACACAGGCAGUCCAAAAUCUGCCGUGAAGACACGCCAGUCGUUCUUCCUCCAUACGACAUACUUGACUAAACUUGCCCGCCAGGUCUGCAGAAACACUCUACAGUUGAAGCGAGCUGCAAGAAGACCGUUUGUCCUUAUUAACUGUGCUGCCAUUAGGGCAGAAUAUGCUGACAGACAUUGUGAAUUUGUUGGAAAUCCUUUGAAGAUUAAAAGCACUCGGAAAUCAUUAUCAUGUAUCAUUGGAUACUUGGAGAUUCAUCCAGCCAUGAAGCCUAAUAUAAUCAAGUCAACACCAAGCCUUCAGAGUUCAAUGGCAAAGAGGUUGCUCGCUCCCCCUGGCCACUCAUCGUUAAGUAUUUUGGGGAAGAGAAACUACAGCCACCAUCACAACGGCCUGGAUGGACUCUCCAGUCAUACACAUGGGACUAAAAUGCAAGCGGCACAUGAUUUCUAUACAACUAAUGGUAAAACUUUACAAGUCGGCACAAGUGACCUUAUGCCAAGUGUUACGCCGUUGCUCAAGAGGCAGAGACAAAACUGGCUCAAUGCUCCUGAUGAUGGUUUCUUUAUUGCUACAGAAGAGACCAGAAAACGCCGUAAGCAGUUUACUCGAUCACAGCUGAAAAGAGCUUGUAGGACCCCGUGCACUUUAAUUCUGAGGAAGGUGAAGUCCCUUCUGACUCACAAAGAGACUCAAGAGAAUUUGAGCAAUCAUUCACAGCUGAAGAUGCAACAGUGAAAAAUCUGUUUUGUUGCCAUUUUGAAAGCAUCACCCUAUAAAGAAGAAUUUUCAGAAAUUGGACAGGAGAAGGUUCUUUCUGUGUCUUUAUACAAUGAGGACAGUUAAAGGCUGCAUCUUGUUUUAUUAAAGAGUAAAACACAGUUUUGAACUUUUCCAUGCCUUGAAGUAAGGCAACCGGGAUAUAAGGAGAAUAUGUCAAAAAAGUCAGAAGAUGGAUAAUAUUCAGAACAGAACCAGACAACCCGUUAACCCACCAUCAAUGAACUUUCCGUUGCUGCUUCCCCUGGCACAUCAUAUAAACUUCCAUCAAUAACAUGAACUCUCUGAAUGCAACUGUAUGCAUUCAUACUAU